AUGCAGAGGUUGUUUAUUGAUUUAGAUCCGUCUGCACCUAAUUACAUGCCUGUUUCUAAUUCUGCAACUUUUAACCCUAGAAAGUCAUUAAACGAAGCACUUUCGGAUCCAGAAAACAAAUCAGAUACGGCCAUCGCAUAUCAGAUACUUCAAGAGUAUGAGAAGUCAGUCUCAGCAUCAGAAUGGAUGCGUGCAUUCCAAGCGAAAGCGAAUAUUGAAGACAAAGCUUUGGCUUUAUCACGAUUCCAAGUUGCUGUUAGUGAAUUAGAAUAUUUAGGAUAUACAAACCAACACUCACGCAAGAAUGCUGGUUUCAGACAUAUUAUCAGAGUUUAA